UAAAUUUUCCAAGCCAUCAGCUCAUCUGUUGAAUCUGUCCCAUUCCCCUUGCUUUCACUUAUCAAGGAAUUAUAGUAUGUGGCCUAUAGGAGUAUUAAUGUAUGUUGUGGCCUUGUUUGUGGUUGGCGUUACGCAGUAUUUGGUGUACAGAUGGAGAAACCCGAAAUGCAAUGGGAUGCUACCUCCUGGUUCCAUGGGGCUUCCCCUGGUUGGGGAGACCCUCCAAUUCCUCGUGCGUGGCAAGUCCAUCGACAUCCCUCCUUUCAUUAAGACCAGGACCCAGAAAUACGGUCAAAUCUUCAAAACGAGCCUGGUGGGCCGCCCCGUGGUAGUUUCCUCGGACCCCGACUUUAACUACUACAUAUUGCAACAAGAAGGGAAGUUGGUGGAGAUGUGGUACAUGGACUCCUUUGCCAAGCUCUUUGGUCAGAGUGGCUCCGGCAAAGAUGGCUCCUCAGCCUCGACCACUUCGAUUGGUCACAUCCAUAAGUACUUGCGUAACCUGAUAUUAAACCAAGUUGGCGUCGAAGCUUUACGAGAAAGGAUCCUCCCCGACAUGGAGGAAAAGUCCCGGAAAGCAUUGCUAGACUGGUCCACCCAAGACUCACUGGACGUUAAAAAUGCAACUUCUUCGAUGGUAUUCGAUUUUACUGCAAAACAUCUCUUUGGUUAUGAUCCGGAGAAGGCUAAAGACAAGAACAUGAGUGAGAGGUUCACUUACUUCCUCCAAGGUCUAAUGUCAUUCCCGCUUAACAUUCCCGGAACCGCUUUCCACAAGUGCUUGGAAAAUCAAAAGAUGGGUCUUAAGCUGAUGAAGGAUCUCAUAGACGAGAGACGAGCUAUGCCCGAGACACACAGAGGGGACUUCAUAGAUCAAAUGAUUGAUGGCAUGAAGGCUGAGAGCUUCUUGUCUGAUGAUUUUGUCAUGUACGUGAUGUUCGGGAUCCUCUUUGCAAGUUUCGAGACGAUAUCAUCUACUUUAACCCUUGCCAUUAUGUUUCUAAUCGAACAUCCUAUGGUUGUAAAAGAACUAGAGAGAGAACAUGAGGAAAUACUUCAAAACAGAGAAAAGAGGGAAGACAAGGUGACUUGGAAUGAGUACAAAUCAAUGAAAUACACAAUGCAGGUUGUGAAUGAAUCUUUGAGAAUGGCAAGUGUGGCACCAGGAAUCUUGAGGAGGGCAAUCCAAGAUAUUCACAUUAACGGAUACACAAUUCCUAAAGGAUGGACAAUCCUGGUCGUUCCAUCGGCACUGCAGCUCAACCCAGAUACAUAUGAGGACCCACUUGCCUUCAAUCCAUCGCGAUGGAAGGAUAUUGGACCGAGUACUGUGGCAAAAAAUUUCAUCCCCUUCGGCGGGGGGACAAGAAUGUGUGCUGGCGCCGAAUUCACUAAGGCAUUCAUGGCAGUUUUUCUUCACGUCUUAGUCUCAAAUUACAGGUUGGAGAAAGUGAAGGGAGGAGAGAUUACGAGGUCUCCAGUUCUAGGGUUUGGGAAUGGCUUUUACGUCAAGAUAUAUAACAAAGAUCGGGUUUGAGAUAUAUACGAGAAGAGAACCCUACAGCUGCUUACGUAAACUUUUUUUUUUUGGAUUAUAAGAGAUGCCUAUGGUCUUAUACAAGAAUAGCAAACGUUAAAUAAAUGGGCAUGAAAGUCCUGCUAGUUGAAAAUGAAGGUGCGACCUCAUGGUUUUGAGUCGGUGAAUUGUGCCACUAUAACAAACCCCUUCCUCAACUAUGACCUAUUUAAUACGAGUCUGUGCACAAAUAAUGAUAAUUAGAGGGUCAGCAAGCCAUUUUAGUUAUACUUUUCUGUAGUACUAUAUAUAGAUAUGAGGACGUAAUCCUUUCGACCAUUUAUGAAGUUUGGCUCCAUCUUGA